UUUGAUUUGGAACUCUCCCUAGCGAAAGAGAAAAAAACUGAUGAACAAAUUAAAGUUCUUAACGCUUAUAACAAGACAAUUGAGGAAGGUUUUAAAGAAGGAAAAAUUAAUGUUGAAAUAAUUGCCAAAUUGAGGAAAGAAUUCGAUUUAUUGCUUGAUUAUAACAAUGGAGGAAAGAAAAGUGGGCAUCAUGAAAUGAAACUUUUGGUCUAUUCAAUAAAUUUAUGCUUUUAUGGUGUCACUAAGCUUUUUGGAUUCUCAGUAGAAUUAUUGGUGGGUGGUAAGCCACUUAAAGAGUGUAGUGAACCUGCCGAUAAAAGUACUGUUAGUAUCAAGAUUAAAACAGGUGUUUCAUACGUGUUCGAUCAAAAUACCAACGAAAGGAUCGAAAGUGAUCGUACAUUUUACGCGGUGAUUAAUCAAGUCGAUAAAACUUAUGAAAUACAAUUUGGAGCUAGCAAAGAACUUUUUGCUGCACAAGAACAAUCGCAACCUGCUCAACCUGCUAUCGUUUCCUUUAAAGCAAAGAUUUACGUUGAUGGUCAAUGGGAUCAUUCCUGGAGAUUAAUCAAUAAACCUAACAAAUUGAAAAAAGUUGGGUUUAAUAGUUCGAAAAGAAAGAAAACUCCCUUAACCUUUGACCUUUCCAAAUGGGAAGAGAAUGAUGACAAAAGGAUUGAAAAAGAGAAUGAUGUACAAGAUGAUGAUAAUGCCAUGCGCAUUGAUAAAGAAUAUACUAUGAACGAUAAUGAAAACGCUUCAAAUGAUGAAAAGAAGAUGGAAGGUCAGGACAGAUUAGGAUAUGGUGCUAUAUCUGUCUAUCUUUUCAAUACCAAUGAUAUUGAAAAAAAUGAAUAUGCGAAUCCAUUGGCUGCAUUACAUAUUCAUUAUCGACCAAAACAAUGGCUUCUUGAAAGAAAUAUUCUUUUUGAGGAGAUGUUAAGUGAAAUUACCGACAAUACGCAAGAAUCAAGAAAUGAUGGCGAAACGCCUCAAGAGAAUAUUCAAGAUAUCAAAAAGGUUAAAUUUGAGAAGAAAAAAGCAAAUCUUACCAAAAAAGGUAGAAACAGAAAAGAUCGAGAGAGAGAUACUCAAGCUGAUACAAUGGAAGUAGAAGAACCUGAAGGCAAUACUUCGGAAGCGGUAGAAUUAAUAGAUAUUCCUAAUACACAAGAAAUUGUUGAAAAUGCAGCCGUUGAAGAGGUACAAGUAGCAAAGAAAACAUCUCGUGGUAGAAAAGGGAAGAAAGUUGUUGAGAAGACAAAGGAAACGGAAACGUUAGAAUCGAAUGCAGAGACAGGUACAAGACGGUAUAAUCUGAGAGCGAGGAAAUAA